AGCCACAAAGGCCAUUUAUAAACGUCCGCUCCUGCUAGGGUUUCUUUGAUUAGCAGCAGAGAGAGCGAAAGGCGGCAAGAGUUCCCAAUGGCGAGAAUCAAGGUCCACGAGUUGAGGGGCAAGUCAAAGGCCGAUCUUUUGAAUCAGCUGAAGGAUCUCAAGGCGGAGCUCGCCCUCCUCCGCGUCGCUAAGGUCACCGGCGGUGCCCCUAACAAGCUCUCCAAGAUCAAGGUUGUAAGGCUCGGGAUCGCGCAGGUUCUAACGGUGAUCUCACAGAAGCAGAAGGCGGCGCUGAGGGAAGCGUACAAGAAGAAGAAGUUUUUGCCGCUGGAUCUCAGGCCCAAGAAGACGAGAGCCAUUAGGCGCAAGCUCACCAAGCACCAGGAAUCUUUGAAGACAGAGCGUGAGAAGAAACGAGAAAUGUACUUCCCGAAGAGGAAAUAUGCCAUCAAAGCAUAGAGCAGCAUAUGGACUUUUGUUCUUUUUUGCUAUGUUCUUCAGAUUUUGUUAUGAGACUGGUCUGUUGCAUGCAACUUUUACAUUAUCUGAAUCCUGUAGUUGUUGAUCAUCUUUGAAAUUUCUCUUUUAUAUUUUCUAUGCGUGUCUACGCUCAAGAUAGUGAAAUUACUUGCCUGAAGACAAUGAAGCUGGGUAAUGAUAUUAUGGAAUUUCUGAA